AUGCUUGCUCGAGUCGCCGCCAUGACUGUCACCGACAACAUGUAUCGCCUUUCAGGUCUUGAUGGCCUCAUUAUUGGCCAGAAAAUCACACCCAAUGCCGACGGGGGUCUGCGCGAUCCCAGCCCAUUGACUGAAGCCUGGGGGUUGCGGUCGGGCGUGUACACGCCACACCAACUGGUAAAGAGCUUUGCACCUCUGCUCGAUGUCAUUGUAUCCCGGUUGGGGCAAGAUCCCACCAGCUCCAAGCCGGCGCGUGCCCGUCUCUUGGAUAACGUGGCCGCCAAUUUGGCAACCGACACCCGUGAGGGCACCCUUCGUCUCACCGAGCCUCUCGACGUCUCGCGGAAGGAGAUCAAUGUACAAGCCACGCGGAUCGGCAAGACCCUGGUGCAGUGGGCUCGUGAGUCCAGCACCACGGCUUUCGAUCCGAACAUGUACCUUCGCAGCCCCUGCGAGGGACAUCUGCUCAUUCCAUCCAACGUGGACCUGAUGUUUGGCGACCGAAGCCAGCCGCAUCUGAUGCAGCUGUUCAACGAAUACAUGCAUCAGAUGGUCCUCCUCCGCGACGCUCUUUUACCAUUCCAGAACUACCAAGAUGUCCUCAUUCCCGUCGAUGGUACGGCUGCGCGGGGUAUCCGCCAUUUGGAGCCAGCCAGAACUCAGUUUCUGGCAGAACUGUUCACCAAGCAUGUCACCCAGCGAGGCAUCGUGACAUACGCCAAAGCCCUUUUGGCCCCGGGCCUCCGGCACACGACCAGCGCGGGCUAUGGGUUCCAGUACGCGCAUGGAACUAUUCUGCCUGCAUUCCUCUCGGGUGGGCCGACCCCUUUGCACUUGCUGCAAUACUUCCCGACCAAAGUCGACUCGACGGUGACCGACAUUCUCUUCGCCAAUCGUUUCGAAGAUUACUAUUCUGCUCCACGCAAUGAAAUUCCAGCAGGAAUUCAACGUCAUGCACCCGAGCAUCUGGAUCCUAAAGAUAAGCCACAGACCCUCUCAGUGGGCGGUGCCGUGGGACUUGUGCCCGACUCGGCGGCUGGAAAUGUUCGCCAACUGGAACUGCGUCUCGAAUUGCCCAAUGGGAAAUGCGUUGCUGUCGACUUAGGCCAAAUCGCUCGCGGCCAUCGCUAUUCCUAUUUCGCACAAGAUCCCUCCCUGCACGAAGACGGGACGGUUCAGGGAGUCUCCAAGCACACUCAACCUAUAUUCCAUGACCCUACUACCCUCCUGGAGACACCCGACACCGGCCUUCUGACGGCCAAGGCAGGUGGCGUCCACGUCAUAUCCGUGCAAAAUCCUGUUGUUGCCUUAGCAAUUCUGGGGAAGCUCUACCCGGAAAAUGUUGUGUUGCUGCCUGUGGACGAAGGAUUGAGUCAAACCGGGAAGGCGGGUAAAGGGUUCGAACCCAAAUUUGUGAUCUGGGGUGGAGUCGAGAGAGGUGGAUUGAAAGGAGCCUUGUGA